CAGAAUGGCUGCUCACGUGACUUCUAAUGUAGAUAGUACAGUGCAGCCAUAGCGGAUUAGGAAUCGCACGGUUUUAGCUCUGAGGUCUCGGUUUUGUGUUUCUUGAUCCUGCUCGUUCAGUUUCUGAAUCCCAAGGCUAUCAAAAAGUCUUCCUGAUAGGUAAAUGAUCUUGGACGCUUAUUAGUUCUUACAAUGGAAUCUCCUGCCACACAGACUCAAUACCAGUCCCUCACUAGUAGACCAGCUCAAAGCGAAUAUGAUACAGUCAGUAAAGAGCAAUCAAUGCCUCCAGUCUCUCGUCAACACUCUGUACAAAGAGAGGAUACGCCCCAUACUGAAUAUGACGUGAUAAAUGGAACUCCAGAUUUAGAAUAUGACACUAUCCCUCAGCCCUUCCCUCUCUCUCAGACAGUGACCACUAAUAAUGCCUUAUAUGGUACACGUGGUUCUAUUAAUAGCAUGAAGCAUCCUACUCUUAAAACUGGAGAUAGGUCCUAUCAGUUGUCUCCUGUCCCGGAGUCAUUGUUCUCUUUACAAAAUGAUGAUGAGAGCUGCUGUUCAAAGUGUUCAUCUGAUGCAGUUUUGUGUGUAUUUUCACUGCUCACGAUUUUGCUUUCAUGUAUAACGAUAUCACUUGUAUUAUUGAUAGGAUUCAACGUCAUUCAGCUCCAGUCGUCAUUGUCAUCAUCAGCAGUCCUUCCUUUACCAACUGUCAGUGUAUCUCCUUCUCAAGGGAGACAGACUGGCCCUCCAUUGAUUAGUACUACCAGUACUAUGAGUUUACCUUCUCCAACACAGAUGCCAACAUCAUCUUGUAACUGUCCAUCUCCUGAAUAUGCAACAGAAUUUACCGCAAUAAUGGAGUCAAUAUCAUUUAUAAGUGGAGAAAUAAAUAAAAUGGUACAAAAUAAAAAUAUGUCUACUAGUGAUGUAUUGAAACAGCUCAAUGAUUACAUGUAUCAGGUUGAGAUUAUUAAUGAAUCAUUACAGUCAUUGAUUCCUGAGUCUAAUAAACCAAGAAUGCCUACACUAACUGGAUUAAACCUAACAUCAAGUAUCAAUGUGAACAGAAGUGAAGGAUGUACUGUAGAAAUUACUCCAGUUUGUACGACAUUUUCAUCACAAUGUGGAAAUAGUGGAAUACCUUUCAUUAAGGACAAUAAGAUAAUGGUGGCUUAUUCAUGUAAUGCUACACCAAAUUCUAAUACUUCUUCUGUUGUCGGAGUUAUUAGAAAGCUGUAUGAUCCAGAUCUUCAGUUCCAAUGUACUUGUUAUGCUAUUAGUGGACUGGGGUCUUGUGAUACUAUCAUUCAUCGUUGUCCUUAUAAAGAAGCAGCUCCAGCUCUGACAGCAACAUUUACUGAUAUUUUUUCAAAUUAGUUUAUAAAUAUUAUUUUAAUGUAUGUAUCAUAUAGUCAGUUUAUCUAUGCAGUUUAUCAAUUUUCAAUUA